CAUCGAGUCAGUUAGCGCAUUGGCGCAGUGCAACGAGCGGUGUACGUGUUAUUCCCACGGUUAUUCCGUAGUGCAAAACGUGCAGCUUAAUUGGGUCCGAAUCUAUUAUUAAUUGAGGGGCAAAUGUCAACUCCGGACGAGAGCGAGCUCAAGGGUGGCCACCCUCCUGCAGUUAAAGCGGGCGGGAUGAGGAUCACUCAGCACAAAACGCCGAAGGAGGAGCGCGAAUUGAAGCCGAUUAAGGACGUGGACGAGAAUAAACCGUCGACCAGCCCGCCGAAGACAUUGAUGAUCAGCGGAGUUCCUGCAAAGGGGAACGCAGACUUCCCUCCAGAGGCUGUCCAAGCCUUCCACCAGAAGCCUUUGCCGACUCACGACAUUCGUCCUAUGCACUCUUCGCGUCCUAUCAUUAUCCAACAGCCAAGGAAGUGAACAAUUCGCUUAUUCUUCAUCGACCCGAGGCUAUCAACAACUACAGCCCAAAUGCUUAUCAUUAAAAGUAAAAAAAAACAGAAAAAAAAUUAUAGAUAUGUAUAUGUACUUGGAAGCUUCUCUGAGACGUUGGGAUUUCACGUAUACUUUCAAAAGUAUGUGAUCCUAUUCUCAGGGAACUUCGACUUCGCGCAACGCGAAGCGGAAGUACUUCGUGAGAGUUUAUUACUGUUGAGAAGAAAGAAAGAAUUUAUUUUUCAUGCAACGCUACGAGAUUCCUGUAUCGGCAUUUAUUAAACGAACGACCCGCUCCGCUUUGCGAAGUACCGUUCGCACGUAACUAAGAUUAGAUUAGACUGUUGCGUAAAUAGUUGCUCUUAUCUGGAUUUUGUAAUCGAUACAUAUAUGUACUUCGGUUUAUGCAUCGCGCGAUAAAGAAUAUUUGUAAACGCCUUCGGGACCAGUAUGUAUAUUUCGUGUUGGAACGCAUAAGAAAGCUAAUGUUAUUUUCAGUUUUUGAAAUCCGUGCACUCUUAGUCUUACCCGUAGGUACCAGGGGAAGUUACGUUGGUCGACGCUAUAGUUUUUCACUUCGCGAAACAGAAUCGUACCAUUCGUGCGAAUGAAACUGUUGCGCGUGUAAAUGUCGGACGAGACUCAUCGCGUUGAAGACAGUUUAUACUUGAGACUUGAAGAAAACAAUAUAUAUGUACGUUCUUAUUCGUA